AUGGCAUGUCCAUCGUGCGAGCAAGAAACAGAUUCGUUGUGGUUGAAAUACAGCCAAAAACAUUAUUACAUGGGUCAUCGCCGAUUCUUGCCCUUGGGCCACAUUUGGAGAAAGAAAAAGAGUAUUUUUAAUGGCAGCGCAGAGCAUCGUGGCCUGCCUCAGCAGUUGUCAGGAGAAGAUAUACUUAAUCAACUGCAGAAUAUUCCAGAAACUGAUUUUGGCAAAUCUACAAAGAAGAGGAAGCAUACCACUGAUGAGUUAAAUUGGACCAAAAAAAGUAUCUUUCUCCAAUUGCCGUAUUGGUCAACUCUAAAGCUUAGACACAACCUUGAUGUAAUGCACAUUGAGAAGAACAUAUGUGACAACAUCUUAGGAACUUUGAUGAAUAUCGCUGGGAAAACUAAAGAUCAUGUCAAUGCACAUCGUGACCUUUCCAAUCUCAAUAUAAGAAAAGAGUUACACUUGAUCCAGGAUGGACAACAUGUGAGUAUGCCACAUGCAUGUUACACCUUGUAUGGAGCUGAGAGGGCAGGUUUUUGUAAAUGGUUGAAUGAUGUCAAAUUCCAAGAUGGCUUCGCUUCUAAUAUUGCAAGAUAUGUGAGUGUUGUUGAUUGCAAAAUCUCUGGCAUGAAAAGUCACGAUUGUCAUAUUUUUAUGCAAAGAUUACUACCUGUUGCAAUUUGUGGAUACUUACGACAAGAUAUACGAUUAGCAUUGAUUGAGUUGAGCACAUAUUUCAAAGAACUUUGUGCAAGAACUAUCAAGGUUGAUGUCUUAGAACGGCUUCAGUUUGAUAUAGCUGUCAUUUUGUGCAAGCUAGAGAUGAUAUUUCCACCUACAUUCUUUGAUGUAAUGGUCCACCUAGCCUAUCAUUUGCCACAUGAGGCACUGCUUGCAGGGCCAGUUCAGUAUAGGUGGAUGUACCCUUUUGAACGGUAUCUUGAAAAAUUUAAGAGAUACGUUAAGAAUAAGGCCCAUCCGGAAGGUUCAAUUGCGGAUGCCUGUAUCCAUGUAGAAUGUUUGAAUUUUUGUUCCAUGUACCUCCAUGAUGUCGAAUCUAGAUUCAAUCCUCAAGAACGGAACUUUGAUGGAGGAGAAGAUGGUGUAGGAGAAGGACUAAGUAUCUUUAGACAGAAGGUGAGGCCCAUGGGUUUCGCAUCACAUCAUCAACUAGAUGAUGACUUGUUUCUAAAAGUAAGAUGGUACGUGCUUAAUAAUUGCAGAGAGAUUGGACAAUAUCUGAAUGAGCACUACCUGCAUGUCAGUGAAGAGUACCUUGAUAAUGUCGACAGUUUGCACACGACAAAUUUUCCAAAUUGGUUCAAGUCACACAUUCAAAAUCUACGUGUCAACAAUCCUGGUGAUGUUUCAGAUGAUCUAUAUGCACUUGCAUGUGGUCCUGACCCUUGGGUUGCAUCUUAUUUUGGUUGCAUCAUGAAUGGCAUACGAUUUCACACAAGGCAAUGUGAAGCACAUCGUAGGACCCAAAAUUCAGUUGUCCUAGUUAUUAGUGAACUAGAUGCUCAAAGUGUUGACUUCUAUGGUGUUCUAACAGACAUCUUGGAAGUUCGCUACAUGGGAUGGCAUCGUGUGUACUUAUUCAAAUGUGAUUGGUUCGAUAUCUCUGAUUCCAGACGAGGGAUACGUGUGGGUGAUCAUCUUACUAUACAAAAGGUUGUCAAUAGAAAUGUGUAUGAUCUUCCCCUUAGAAAUUUGAUUGAAGAAAAUCCUUACGAUGCUAGCAACUUGGAGGCGUACCAAGAGGAUGAUUCUUUUGAAGAAUACAAAUCAGUCCAUGCUGAUGACAAUGGGCUAGUUAACCCCAUGCACAGGCUUGAUGUCGAGCCCACUCAGAUUGAUGCAUCGUUAGUAAUGGAAGCUGAAGAUCACAACCUUGAUGUCAGAACAUUUAUCAACGACGAUAGCAGCGAAUAUAGUUCCCCUUACACCACCGAACAAGAGGGAAGCACGGAAGAAGAUAGUUUCUCAACGGACGAAGAGGCGAGCUAG